CACACACGUGUUGUUCGUAUUCAACCUUCGUGUGCAUAGGACUUCUCUGAGUGGAAAACGUCGACAACAUGGCCAGAAAAAGAAAGCAGGGGAGAGGCACAAAGGCAGCCAGACAGAAUGUGGUGUCUGCAGAAAGCGUGUAUGGCAAAGCGCCUCACACAUUUGUGUUUCACCGAGGCGUAGUUGGCAAGAGUGUCUUUCAACUUCUGCUGGAUACGAGACGGACAAUGGAGCCAUACACAGCAUCCAAUUUACGAGCAAGGAAGAAAAACAUAUUGAAGGACUUUGUCAGUGUUGCUAGUUCUCUUGGUGUUACACAUUUUAUGGUGUUUACAAAAUCAGAUAAAAGCAUAAACAUGAGAAUCAUGAGAAUACCAAGGGGUCCUACUAUCACAUUCAAAGUCAAAGAGUACUCUCUAGUCAAAGAUGUCCAGUCAGCCAUAAAGAGACCGAACAUGUAUGCACAACAGUUUAGACACCAUCCUCUCCUAGUACUCAACAACUUCAGUAAAGACGAACCCCAUCUAAAGCUAGCUGCAACAGUCCUUCAGAACAUGUUCCCCUCUAUCAAUGUACACAAGGUACAUCUGGAUAAAAUCCGUCGUUGUGUGCUGUUCAACUACGACCCAGAAACAAAGCUCAUUGAGUUCAGACACUACUCCAUUAAGCUUGUUCCAGUUGGAAUAAGCCGCAGCGUCAAAAAGCUUAUGAAGACCAAGGUACCAGAUCUCAGUAGAUACAAAGACGUCAGUGACUUCUUCCUGAAUACUGGUCAGUUGUCUGAAAGUGAGGCUGAGCAAGAUGGCCCUCACAAUGAAGUGACCGUUCCACAGGAAAUGACCACCAGAGGCAAUAUAGCUACCCAGAAGAGUGCCAUUCGACUUGUAGAGAUUGGUCCGAGAAUGAAGCUGCAACUUGUUAAGAUCGAAGAGGGUCUCUGUGAAGGAGAGGUCAUGUAUCAUCACUUCAUCACAAAGACAUUGCAGGAGGUUGCUGCAGCACGGAAGCUCCGGAUACAGAAAAAGAAAGCUAAGGAGGCUCGUAAGAUGCAACAGAAAGCCAACUUGGACAAAAAGGUCAAACAAAAAGAGGAUCACAAGAACAAGUCUCUAGAAGGAAUCAAGAAGAAAAAGAAGAAAGAUGAUUUCACAAAAAAUGUUGUGGAAGAAGGGAAGCAGCCAGAAGAGGAUGAUGACUUGGAGUAUUAUCGGCAAGAAGUAGGAGAGGACCCAGAUCCAGCACUUUUUCCAAAACGAAAUCACCCACCAAGAAUGGAUAAACGGAAAUCAUCUGGCAACAGCAGAGCUCUUCCUGAAAAGAAAUUCAAGUACGGCACUAAGCCAGGGGGACGACCAGGACGCCCAGACAACAAAUUCCAGAGCCAAAACAAGGGCAACAGGAGAGGAGAGGAUAAAUCCCCUCGAGGAAUGAAACGCUUUGGGAAAGAUACGCCUAUGAGAACUGGAAGAAAAUCAGGGGACUUUGGAAAAUAUUCUGAUAAAAAGGGUGGUCCAAUGGACAGAAAAUUCAGGAAUAAAGACCGAGGUGGAGGAAGGCCUUCUAAGACAAACAAUAAGAAGGUUCUUGGUGGAAAGAUCAUGAAAAAGUCAAAAGUCAGAGGCCGUUAAUUAGAAAUGUUUGUGACUUGGGUCACUGGAGUGUUAAGCUGUGGUGUAUCCUAUCUCCAAUGCUUAUACAUGAGCAUAAGGUCCAUCAUUUCGACUUUAGUCAGUUGUCAGGGCCCAAUUUCAUGGAGCUGCUUGACGGUCGGCCUACUUAAAGGCUAGCAUUACUGGGCUAACAUUUCUGUGCUAACUGUAUGAAAAUGAAUGAUGCAACAAUUUAAAUCCAUGUCGAACACGCAAGUUGGCUGCCUAAUUUCCUUGCUAACGUGUGAAGUACGCUUACUUGAAAGCUAACAUUUCUGUUCUAACUGUAUGAAAAUGAAUGAUUUAAAAGUUUAAUGCCAUGGUGAACACGCAAGCUGGCUGCCUAAUUUUCUUGCUAACUUGUGAAAUACGCUUACGCAUUAGCAUAUUUUUCUGCUACAGUUAGCACCAAAAUGUUAGCAGUACUAUGAAAUUGGCCCCUGAUAUGUAGCCAUGAACGUUUUAAUGAAUGUAUCCCCCUGCACCUUGUUUUAUGAAUUGAAUUUUAAUUUCUCUACAGAUUUUUAUGUUAAAUGUUUUAGUCCCUUGCUGCCUAUACUUAAACAUUUGUCCUGUACCAUGAAAUAUGUAGGCCUACAUCAUGCAGCUUACACUAACACUACUGGGCCCGAUUUCAUAGCGCUGCUUAACGGUAAGCAAAUUUGCGUGCUUACUGUAGCAGACAAAUUUGCUUAAG